AUGUAUGUUGAGGAGGAUGGGCCCGAGCAUUUUGUCGACAUUCGGAAUGAUAGGGCGGCGGAGUAUCUAUAUACUAUCGGGCUGACGAUGAUGUACUAUGACUGGGUGUUGAAUCUUCCAUUAGAGAUAAACGUCGUGUCGGAGGAGAUUCUCAUUGGCCUCGGUGCUUUACGUUCUCCUUCGAUAUAUGUCCCUGACGAUGAUCAUCCUCGUCUCUAUUUCAGGCUACACACUAUUUGGGGCUACAACCUCGUGAUGACCGAUGAGCAGGUCGGAUUGCAGACGAUCGCCUUCUUGACAUACAACGGUUAUAGGGCUUACGGCAUCGAGUCGACUAUACACGGGUACCACAACUGCAACACCUUCAUACCCCUGCAAGACGCUAUCACAGCGCCGUGGUACUUCAUGCAACUCACGUUCGAGACGAUGAUGGUCGCCGUCUCGGUGUUCUGUCUGGUUCGUCAUGCGAGGGACGUUCGUAGGCGAUAUCGCAGAUGGGAUUGGAACGAUCUGUUUGCAACGAUGAUAAGAGAUCAUACGUUGUAUUUUGUCCUAUAUAUGGUCUGGGGCACGAUGAACGGCGUCUCUAACCUGAGCGACUCGUCAGCUCCAUUCAUCAACGAGCUCCUGUAUAACGCAUCCAACUUCUGGCUUGGCUACAUCUAG